AUGCAGGUACACGAAGGCUUGCUCAGUGGCACACCACAGCUGUCUGAACCAGAGAGAACUGCUCUUUGCUGGAACAGCUUCCUCCCCAGACCAGUUCUCCACAGGCCGCCUGCUCACAGCCCUGCCAGCAGCCCGUGCCCCCCAGAGACUCUGGCAGUGACUCCUGCCCUGGUUAAAGCACUUGCCCGGAGGCUGCCCAAGAGGCCACGGCCACACCCACUUGAGUCACCGUCCGUCCAGGUUAGGUUUGGAUGUGGAAAGAAAGAAUAUGGAAAAGCAUGUAUGGCAACAGCUCCAAGAACAAUACCGUCUCCAAACGCUCCUGGCGACUGCAUCCUCAGUCUAUGGACUGGCCAGGGAGGGGGAUUUGAGAUUCAGAGGAGGGCAGGAGACCUAAUUCUGGGCAAUUCAGCCACAGUCUUUGGCGGAGUGAUGUGCCACUGA